UUGUUGUUUACUGCAUUUCAUAAACUUUUCGGAGAACAACGUUACUCAUAACAUAUAAAUUUCAUUGGAAAAUACAGUACAUAUCUUGAUUUAUUGCAAAUGCUGUAGAAUAUGAAAUUUUUUAAAUUAAAUAUUUUAUAGGAAAGCAAUAUUUCACAAUAUGAAUAUAAAUGAAAUACUAUAUAAUUGUAGCAUGCUCAUUGUCAAAUUAACUCAAUUGAUACUAUAUGGUUUAAAAUUACACUUCAAAGAAUUCAUAAAAUGUAGGCACAAAAACAAUGUAAAUAUAUUGCAUCACAGUGAAAAUUUUUUGGUAGUAUCUAAACCAUACGAUAUGUAUAUCAAUAGUAAUAAUCCUGAGAAAAAGAACACGCUUCAGUGUGAAAUAAAAAAAAUUUUACCAAAUCUGGCUAAUCCAAGCUUAUUCCAUGAAUUUCAUUUUGUACAUAGAUUGGAUUAUGUGACCAGUGGUAUUAUAUGCGUAGCAUUAAAUAAAAAGGCAGCGCGAGCUGCUUCUAAUGCAUUUGAAACACGAACAGCAAAAAAAUUUUAUUUAGCAUUGCUUCAUGGCCAUAUUAAUGAACCUCAUCUUAUUAUAGACAAAGCAAUUGGAGUUGAUGUUAGGGAAAAAAUGGGAAAUCAUAAGAUGUGCAUUAAUGAUAAUGAUUAUUGUGAAAAACCACGUAAAUCUUGUACAAUACUUAUUGUAUUAGAACGUGGUUUCAGAAAUGGAAAACCAGCCACUAAAGUGCUAUUAUGCCCAGAGACUGGUAGGCGCCACCAAUUAAGAGUACAUUGUUCAUAUAUUGGUCAUACAGUGAUAGGAGACUAUACUUAUAGCGAAAGAAAAGAUAUAGAACCUUAUAGAACAUUUCUACAUUCCUUCAGGUAUUAUGAUUUACACAUUUGUUUCACAUAAUGUAUUGUCAGCAAUGAUAUCUGUUUCUUCUUUAAGGUUGAUACUAAAUAAUGAUGUUGAAAACUUAGAUGUAAAGAGUAGAGAUCCAUUUCAAGCUUCUGACUCAAGAAACCAAUGGUCACCAACAAA